AUGCGCGCGCGCAACAGCAAGCGACUCAUACGCAUGCGCCAACACUAUGAAGCGCAAACUGAGUUCUCCCCGGCAGCAAAACCGGACGGGCCCAGCUGUUGCGAAGAGACCGGAGCUGCCACUGGACCGAUGGCCGAGAUUUCCGGGCAUGUGGAUGAGGAGGCGGAUAUUCGAGAUCCAUUUCAAGAACGAGUACCUUGGUUCCGUCUCAUUGGACGUUCCUUCGUCUAUUUGAGUAACUUAUACUUUGGCACCGCCCUUGUUCAACGUGUCGCGAUUGUGGAUGAGCACAGUCGGGUUUGUGGUUUCAUUCGCAUUGCUGUGGAACCGGUCCUGAUGACUGGCAACGGUGAAAGCGUAAAGACUGAGGAAGAGGUAGGCACGAAUCCAGUGCCCGUUCGACUGCAGUUCGAUAACAAGACGUAUGUGGAAACGUGUCUUUCCUCUUAUCUGGACAAUUAUUUUCGCGCCCUGAGUGAGAUGGAGGUCGCGGAACCGACGACAGAACAGGAUGAUGAAAACCAGCCAGUGAUGACAGAUCCCAUCGAAACGGAUCUGACCACACCUCGGCCUGGGCUUGUUAGAAAUGCGGAUCCCGAUCACCUAGACCAGAAUCGAUUUUUCUCUCAAGCAACACUCACUGAAAAUCAAACACAUUACGAGAGUGUACUUCGUGAACAACUUGGUAAUCAGUUGGAUCAGAUCCCCGCGGAGAUGGAACCGGGAAAGGAGUUCACAUUCCGCGUCACGGUGCUGCAAUUCCUCGGAGUGCAGUCCGGAUUCACUGACGUGUUUUGCCAGUAUCAGCGAUUCCGUACUUUAGUACCGCCAACACUACCCAUAUCCUCACCUGUGCCUCCCAUGAAAUUGAGCAAUAUGGACGCGUUAAACAGUUCCACUUUGGUUCGCCGUGAAGACGUCCUUGUUUGGUUUGAAAUUCUGGAACUGGAUGCAAACGGCGAUUACUCUCCCGUCCCUGUUGAUCGAUUGGACGAGGCUCCGUGCCAGGGUGUGUUUCUUAUACACCAGGGCUUGCAGAGACGUCUGGCAAUCACGCUCAUUCAUGAACCAUACCCGACGGGCACGGAGCAGUUGUUAUGCAACACACCAAGCCUGUUGUUUUUGGACGUGCACGAAGUGGUCGUGGGUCGGGUACGAGAGACACCGGAAUGGCUUGAUUCCGAUGGCAAUACUAGAAUUUUGUCAUUAUCGUUGCUACCGGCACGCUAUUUCCCUCAAGCUGGUGAUGAUCGGGUGUUCUUCCGUUUUGAGGCCGCAUGGGACAGUUCGUUGCACGCGUCCCCGCUGUUAAAUCGGGUGACCCCGUCGGGACAACGCGUAUACAUGACAAUGUCGUGCUACUUGGAUGUGGAAGGUUGUACACGUCCAGUGUGCCUGACCAAAGAUCUGGCCAUGAUGGUGUUUCCACGCGAGUCCAAAUUAUCUGUACCGAGGUCUUUGCGUUCAUUGUGGAGCUCCUUCUGUCGUGUGAACGAACUGAACCGAGUUACCGGUGUGUACGAUUUACAACUACGUUUACUAGUCGGUCAUGUCCCUUUGGAAGUCAACGGUGCGUUUCAUGAUCUAAAGGAUAGUUCGGAAUGCGCGAGUUCAAUCGGGAUGGACGAAAAAGAGGGAAUUCGUGUGGUCCCGUGA